AUGUUAUUUGAAAACUUUGAUCGCGGUAUUCAUUUGGACACUGAAAGCUUUUACUCAGUCUGUCCCGAAGUAUUAAGUCGUCAUAUAGCAAAACGUUGUAAAAAUAAAAUUGUAUUGGAUCCUUUUUGCGGAGCAGGCGGCAAUAUAAUCCAACUAGCUAUGACAUGCAAAAAAGAUUUAGUUAUUGCAGUUGAUAUCGAUCCGAUUAAGAUAGAAUUAGCACGCCAUAAUGCUGAGGUUUAUGGCGUUGCUGAUAAAAUCGAAUUUAUAGUUGGUGACUUGUUUGAAAUUUACCCAACGUUAAAAGCUGAUGUUGUUUUCAUGUCGCCACCAUGGGGAGGUCCAGAAUAUUCGAAAAAUAAAUGUUAUAGUAUUGAGUCCAUGUGUUCUGAUAAGCUUGGAGGAGGUUUUAGUAUUUUUGACAUUGUCAAAACUAUAGCACCUAACAUUGCAUUUCAUAUGCCAAAAAAUACUAAUAUAUUUGAAUGUAUGUGGUUGGGAAGUGGCUUUGGAAAAGUUGAAAUUCAACAGAAUAUUAUUAAUGGUAAGUUGAAUUCACUUACUGCAUUUUAUGGUAACUUCUACUGGAGUAACUGA